CAUGGCUGCAGCCUCCGGGAGGGCGAGCGCGGGAGGACGCGGCGGGGCCUCGUGGCCGCCGGACUCCGGGCGGCGGGAGCGCCUAGGACUUGGGGCUGAGCGGCCCGCGAGAGUCGGCCGCCGCCUCAGCUGUCAGCGGGAGAGAGCGAGUGCGCGUCUCCGCUGCCAAAAUGUCAAAACUUUGUGGCGCUUCGGUCUGGGAGAAGCUGUGAGAUCACCUUUUUGUCUCAGAACCUCUUUCUGUGUCUUCCUUCUGAUGAAUGAGGUCAUUUCACCCUCCACUGCCAGGCAGUCAUCCGAGGAGCUGGAAAGAGAGCAGAAGCUUAACCUUUAACACCCCACAGCUUGGCAGCACCAGUUCUAAGCCAGAGAAGACAGUUUAACAAGCCGUCAUAAAGCCAGUGAGGAUCUCAGAUGGCCCAGUUAGAUCGCCACGGUUGGCAUUUGAUCAGAGAUUGGAGUUCUUGAUUGUAUGCAAAUCUUUGCAUAGAUUUUCUGGGCAUAUCAAGCUCAACUUUGUGGAAAUAACUUCCUAGUUAUGAUCUUCCUGCUUCCUGAAAAAUCCUUUUAGAAUAGCUAGUUUUGUACAUUUUUCCCCCCAAUAAUGCUAGGAAUAGAACCUGAGGCCUUGCCUAUGCUAGUCAAAUGUUCUACGGCUAAGCCAUAGCUUAGACCUCACAGGGGAUUCUGGCUGGACAGGCAUUCAACCACAAAGCUCAAGUAAGAAUGGUCAGUUUUAAAUCUUUCCAGGCAUCAAGCAUGAGGCUUCCAGUCCCAGCUCU